AUGUUGGGCCUAUUGGUAUUCGGAUUGAUCGCCCAUGUUCAGACGGCACCAGUCGGUCCAAACUACGACAAUAUUCAGUAUCUUCAUAAUUUCACGUUAACCUAUGCGAACAACUCUUUGGAGGGAAUGGGCGCCAUUGAUAAUCUCACCGACGUGAAUCCUCAAAUGGCGCAAAACUUGAAGUCUGCUAUCAAUCUUGCACUGCCAGGAUAUCUUGCCUCUUCACGUACCUCUUCAUCGACUCCAUCAUCCUCCACAUCAUCUGUUUAUACUUCGGGAGCAUCCUCCACCUCUACUGGAUCUACUGGAUCUUCUGGCUCUUCCGCUAUGCCAAUGGCUUCCACCACUACCUCCAUGCCUGGACGUAAGCGAAGAGCCGCUGACCCCACCUCGACCACCUACCCAGGAGUCAUGGCCACAACUACUCCAUCCAUCUUCCGCGACCCAGCUUCAAGCUCCGCCUCCUCCUCCACCCCAUCAUUCCUCCAACCAUCAACCACUCAACCCUACGGAACCGAUGAGGAGUUCUAUGCUCGUACUGAUCUCGUCCACUUCCACGUGGACAUCAAUGAUCUGGAAGGUUCCGGAGCGAUCUGA